AUGCCAGGCAUUGAUCUCCAGAUCAUCUAUCAUUGCCUUCACGUCAACCCAGCCAGUAGAGCAGUAGCGCAGAAGAGACGCAGCUUAGCUCCCGAGCAAGUUGCCAUCAUUGAAGCAGAUAUCAACAAGCUCCUAGCUGCUGAUUUCUUUGAAGAGGUCUCCUACACAGAGUGGCUGGCCAACGUUGGAAAAUCGAAUAAGACAUCAAAUUAA